UUAAAUAUGUUGUUCCUUACUACAGCAGUUAGAGUGAGUAAGUCUGGUUGGUAGACUUUUAUGUUCAUCUAAACUCAAUAGAAAUUAAGAUGGCCUCUCAAGUGCGUCAGAACUACCACAAGGACUGUGAGGAUGCUAUUAACAAGCAGAUCAACCUGGAGCUCUAUUCCUCCUAUGUUUACCUCUCCAUGUCCUUUUACUUUGACCGGGAUGAUGUUGCCCUGCGUCACUUUGCUGAGUUCUUCAAGGAGCAGUCACAUGAGGAACGGGAACACGCUGAGAAACUGAUGAAAUUCCAGAAUAAACGUGGAGGCCGGAUCAUCCUGGAGGAUGUCAAGAAACCAGGGCAGGAUGAGUGGAGCAAUGGUCUGGAGGCAAUGCAGAGAGCUCUGCAGAUGGAGAAGAAUGUGAACCAGAGUCUGCUGGAUCUGCACAAGCUCUCCUCUGGGAACACUGACCCUCAUCUUUGUGACUUCCUGGAGACUCACUACUUAGAUGAGCAAGUGAAGAUGAUUAAGAAGCUUGGAGAUCACAUCACCAACCUGACGAGACUGGGAGCCCCUGAGAAUGGCAUGGGAGAGUACCUGUUUGACAAGCUCACCCUGGGGGAGAGUGACUGAAUUUACCACUGGCCUAAAGUCUAAAUUGUAGACCAGCAACCUGUAUAAUCAAGUGAUCUCUAGUGUAUGGGGCUUUGAAUUGACUCUACAAAGUAUUCCUGUAAUAAUGGUGACCUAUAUUGUAGCAAUUAUCACUUCAGCUGCCAAUAAAAGCUAUUGUGUU